AUGCAAACCGUGGAACAAGGGAUCGUCGAGAACGGCACACUCGAUGCACUGCUGAACACUGUUACGUGCGGAGAGCUAUGCAAGUCCGCUGAUCCUAUGCUGAACAAGGCUGGGGCGAAGCCUAAGCAUCCUCUCUGUUUGGAUGCUGAGCUUUCCGUUACCGAGGGCUGCGAAGCUCUCGCAGCAAACAAAAUCUCCAGCGCCCCAGUCUACGAUGCCGAAAAAGGCGGAUUCAUCGGAAUGUUGGAUUACAGGGACCUUGUAGCGUUCGUGCUCAGCGUAUUGCAUAAAGUGCCUCGAGAUGCACCGGCGAUUGACGCGGAGAUGGAGGUUACCGACAUUGUGAAGAGAGCGUUGAUGAACAAGACGGGUGUGCCUAUCAAACUUGUGAGCAAUUUGUCGAGGGAGAACCCGUUGGUCGCUUUACCGGCGUCUGCGACCGUAAGAACUGCGGUCGAAGAGUUCAGCAAGAAUCAUGUACACCGAUUGAUCGUAUUGGAGCCUGAUCAAGGAGCCUCGCAUUUUGCUGGAAUCCUGUCGCAAAGUACCGUUGCGGGGUUGGUAGCUUCGAGCGUGGGAAAGCUGGCGGGUUCUCUGAACCCGAAGGCGAAGUCCAUAUGGCCUACGGGGAACAAAACGCUAGAGGACGUGGGCCUGGUAGGGAAGGAGGUCAUCUCGGUAGUCUCUGAAGACACGGUUCUGGAGGCUUUGUACAUGAUGCACGAACACAAGAUCUCAUCAGUCGCCAUAGUGACAAGAGAAGACGGAGAGAACGAUCUCAUCGGCUCGAUCAGUAUGACAGACAUCAAAGCCAUUCUAGCAGACCGGAAAGGAUGGAGGCGGUUAUACGAAACAUGCUACGACUUCUUCGCGAGCAUGCGAUACGAACAGGGUCUAGAAGCCGGAGGAGACGAUCGGGUUCCACUGUAUGUGGUACACCCAAACACAACGCUCAUCGCGACGAUUGAGAAGCUGGCGGCAACGCGUGCCCACCGUGUGUGGAUCGUUAGCGGAAGCAGUAACCUCGUCGGGGUUGCGUCGCUUUCAGAUAUCAUGCCGUUGCUGUUGACAUGA